GUCCGGCUUGGGGGAGUAAAGCGUUAUUUGCACCCUCGACCUGGCCGGCGGCACCGGCACCUUGGCUCAGGCUGCCGCCGAUGUGGUCGACGGCCUUCGCCAAACAGGCUAAAUUUAAGUUAAAACAGGAGCCCGUACGACUUUUAGUAGGAGCCAACUGCCGCCCAGACUGCGACGAGCGCCUCGACGGCUUCUUCGCCGGCGUUUCGGAGCGAGCCGUGGAAGCGCCGGUCGUCGAACGCGUAGGACCCGGCGGUGACGCGCCGCGCGAAUGUUGUGCCGUCGCUGCCUUGCACGACGACGUCGCCGGCGGCGUACCAGAUGAACAGGCGGGGCUGGUCGCAGCAGAAUGUCGGCGUCGCCUCGCCGGCCGCGAGGCGGAGGCGGUAGAGGCCGAUCGCGCCGUGCGUCACGCGCUCGGUGUCGUAGCCACCGCCAGGCAGCUUGACGCGGCGUGGCGUCGUACAGCACCAGGGGAGCAGGUCGUCGACCUUCUCGAAGCACGGCACUUCCCUCAGGAACGGCACGCCCGUGACGAACGCGUUGCAGAGCAUGCACCGGGGCUCCGCGUGCGCGACCACCUCGACGUCGAGGCCGUGCACGUCCGCCUCGCCAAUGUUUAUUAUGCGGCGCACCAUCGGCUCGCGGGAAUACGGCGUCGCUUCGACCGUCAUCCUCUCGACGGCGGACUCGCGCACGCCCUCGUGAGCCGUCUCGACGCGCACGCGCGUCGUGCUGAACAAACAGAAGAAACUGUCGACGUCGCGGCGGUGAAACUGCGUCUGGGCGCCCGGCGCGAUGCGGAGGCGUAUCACGCGAAACAGCGGAUGCUCGUACUCGACGCGAUGCAGCGGCUCGUCGUAGACGCUCACGUCGGUCUCCGGCUGCGGCGUGUCCGGGGGCAUCGUCGCGGCCGAAGUGGCUCUCUAGUUUCAAAACAGCUACGACGCGUUACUGUUUACUCGGGGCACGCCUCUGUUUUACUCUGCAGCCUCCUAAUGUGCUCGUCAGGUGUUUGUCCCACUAAGAUCACUACACGCUAAAAGGUUGGCGGAGCGAUGCACGAGGCCGGCGCGAGGAAGAAGCAAACGAUUUGCUCUAGGGAGUAGCUCUUAGGCCUCAAGCACCGGUUCAUCAACCGGUUCAAGCUGAUGUUGC